AUGCAGUUACAGAAAGCACCUUCCUAGAGAAUACUAGAAUCUUCUCCUUACCGUAAGCAGGCAUCUCAUCUUAAUAGUAUCCUGCAAAAUGCUGCAAAUAGAGGUCAUUCUAGUACAUUAGUCAGAUAAGCCAAUGGAGAAGCUCAAACUUUAUCUCAUGCUGCUUCAGUUGUGUCCAUGUAAUCAUCUAUAUGCUCUACAAAUUAGGUCCUUGAGUCUUUAAAAUUCUCUUCAGGAAGGUCCACAAUUAAUCAAUUACUCAGCUCAAAAGUUUUUGACAACAGAAGCACAAUAAAUAAUAAUGUUGCUUGCUCUCCAAAGUUAGAGAGUCCUUAAUCUGAAGUAAAUGUGCCAACUACUGAAUCAUUCAUAAAUAAAUAAACAGAUAAUCAUUCAUCAAAGACAUUAUUCAAAACUUAUGAUAGUCAAAUGUCCAAUCUAGUCUAGUCUAAUUAGCAAAGGAAAUUGAUGGUUAAAACAGAUCGAGACUAAUACAGUUUUAAUAAAGUACUGAUUUAGAAAAUAAAAGAAAAGCUUGAAUCCCCAAAGAAAUAAUUGUAAAAAACAAGCAACACCUCUAGCUUUCUUCUUAAAUCUGCUCGUAAAUCCUCAAGAUCAAAAGAGAAAAUCCCUAAAUUUGAGUACUCUGAAGAAAAGAAGAUUAGAGAUUUAGAACAUGUCUUUUUCAAGACAUACUCUCAGGUUAAUGUUCCUAAAGAUAAUCCAAAGUUUCAUGAGCGAAUGCAAUUUGAUAUUUUCAAGAGGAACUCUAGAGAAUAAAGACUUGAUCUUGUGAAGCAAAAAAGUGAUUCAAAAUAAAGAACUACCUCUAGAGAUAAUUUAUUUGGCCGAUUAAUUGAAGAUGGGAAAAGAAGAGCUUAAUUUAAAGAAGCAAAAGAAAAAGUAAAAGCUCAAAAUCAUACAAUUCAAAAUUUCAGUCAUCAUAAGCCACUUACCCCCAAGAAGAGUGAGGAUCUUUAUAAAAGAUUUAUGGAAUAAGAGAACUAAAGAUAGGAUAAAAUUUAAGAAUAAAAGCGAAUGAAAGACAUUAGUGAUGAAAUCUAGUUGCUUAGAUCCUAGGGAGGUAGAUCAAAUGAGAAAAUUACAAAAAAGAGAAAUAAUGAAAUAGUGAACAAACUCAUGACAGAUACUGAAAGGAGGAAAAUGGAAAAAGUUAGAAUGGAGGUGGUUAAAGAUCUUGUAGAAUAGAUCGCCAAUAUUGAUGCAAAAAAAUAAAAGAAAAUAGGGCACUUAAAUAGAUCAACUAGUAAGUAAAACAUAAGCAGCUAUUACUAAAAAGGGACUAAGAUGAAUUCCAAGCCAAAUAUAUUUAGUACUAUGUCAGAUCAACCUUCAGCUAUUUAACAAGAUUAUUAUGGAAGUAAGUCUCCUCUUAAGAAAGAUAAUAUAUUCAUGACUUAAACUACCAAUAUUAAAAAGCUCCUAGAGGAUCAAAACAUAAAUGCCAUUGAUGUUUGGAAAGAAUAUCUGAAGCAAGAUUGCACUCUCUAAACCUGCCAGAAUAAUGACAGUUCAAGCAAUAACAAUAAAAAUCUUCAAUAACUCCAAGAAUCUUCAAUAAUUCUGUUUAAUACAAUGAGACCAUCAGAAGAAUUCAGGAAAGAAUCACCUGAAUUUAGGCCUAAACCCUAGGUGACUUAAAUUAUUAGCUAUAAUAAUUCGAACUAAACUUCAAAUCAGAAGUUCAGCGAGUUAAACUCAAACGAUUCUAUCAUGAAUCUCAUAAACUGCCAUUAGGAAUAGUAGUAGGAGGUUAACUUUGACCUGAAUUAAUACGAUUAAACCUUUGAAUGCGAUGCUGAGUCAUUAGAUGAAUCAGACGUUGAUCCUCUUUCGAAUAAAAAUCUAAAUCUAUUGUAGUCGUCCAACGCUCUCACAUCAAUAAACAACAGAUAGGGAAAAUAAGCAAAAGAUCAAAUUAAUUACCAAACUCCAGUUAAAACGUAACAGCUUAAAGUAUCUGAACCUAGUGUCUAGUUUCUAAAAUUGAAUAAGAAUUGCAAACCACAAUUUCUUAAAGAAAACUAAAUAGUAGAUAUGUAAUAAAGAUAAUGUCAGAAGAGUAAAGGAUACCUGCCAAUUUCAUCGAGAUAUUCAGCAAUGAAACAAGAUAAAAAUGACAUUAUUACAAUGGAAAACACCACAUCAACCUUUGAUGUAAAUUACAUCGAUUGA